AUGAUUCUGCUUAGAGUAUUACGUUUGUUUAUAUUCUGUUUGGUUUUAUCAACACUUUGUUCCAUUACCAAAUGUGGAAGUUCAGAUGUAACUGUGAAAUUCUUGAAAGCACCUCAUGCAUUUUCUCACUUGAAUUCAGCAACAUUUGCUUUUGAAGUUCUUAAUUCUGGUAGUAACCGUACUUGCUCAAAUUGCAGCCUCAGUUGUAAGCUUGAUGAUGGGGUCGCGUCAGUUUGCACGAACGGGAGAGUUACAUACUUAAGCUUGCAAGAUGGAAAUCAUGGUUUUGAAGUCUGCACCAACGGAAAUCAUAGUUUUGUGGGCUGUGCUAGCUACAACUGGACUGUUGACACAAUUCCACCAACAGCAUAUGUUACAGCCUCAACAACUUUCACAAGUUCUUCAAAUGUUUCGGUAAAUAUAUCUUUCACCGAACCGUGUAUAGGUGAAGGUUUUGGAUGCAAGUCUGUGAAUGCCUGCAAUCUUCUUGUCUAUGGUGCUGGCCAGGUUGUACCAUCUUCCUUUAGAGUUCUGAAGCCAAACCUCAUGUAUUCUCUUCUUGUUAGUUUAUCUCCUACCGUUCAAUACGGCCGAGCAAUCCUGGUAAUGGAUAGGAGUUUCUGUACUGACAUAGCUGGUAACAGUUUUACAAGAAUGGCGAAUUCGAGUGUUCAUCUACAUAUUGACAGAAGAAAGGUUUAUGUCAACAUCAGGACUCGUGUACCUGAAAAGCUACUUCGAAUUAACAGUGAAACUAGAACAAUUCAGGCAACUAAUGACCUUAACAAGCUAAAGGUGUAUUUGUACUUCUCGUCUCCAAUUGUAAAUUCAUCUAUGGAAGUUAUGAGUUCUCUCAACGUUAGUCGCGGUUCACUCGUUCCAACUAGUGCAGAAAAUCUUGGAAAUCGUAGAUUCGGAUUCAUGAUUGCUAAUAUCUCCUCCACUGCUAUAGUCUCGGUUGAAUUCAAUUUGAAAUCUAUAAUAACCAGACAAGGGACUCAUGUUUCUCCAACUGCGCCGGUUAAUUUUCUCUAUGAUUCUAAGAGGCCUGCGGUGAUGUUAAGUACACAUAGAAUGAGGACAAAAGAUCACAAUAUACAAAUAUUAAUCGAAUUUUCAAAGCCUGUUUUUGGAUUCAAUAACUCCCGCGUAUCAAUUUCAGGAGGUUUAUUAAAAAGCUUUCACAAACUUAGAUGGAGCACAUACAUUCUUGAGCUACAAGCGGAUGAUGAUUUGGUAUUCGUCAGCGUUCCCGAGAACGUAACUCGUGAUGUUUCCGGAAACAAAAAUCUAGCUUCCAAUGUUCUACAAGUGAGGCACUACUCAGUACCUCUUAUUUCUUCUGUGAUUUCUGCAUUUACAACUGCUACUUUUGCGCUGACAUCGAUUAUUGCUGGCCUGCUUACUAUCUCAACUGCAAGUCUUCAAUCUGUCGAUACAUUCACGAGAUCGUCUUCUUUCUUGAUAGUUGAUCCAGCAAGGAAUCUCUUUAGAAUUCUGUGCCAUAUUCAAGUCUUUGCACUAGCAAGAUGGUUAUCAGUUAAGUUGCCAGUUGAAUUUUACGAAUUUUCAAGGCAUUUGCAAUGGACCAUACCUUAUUUUUCGGUUCCAUGGGAAUCUGGACCUAUGAGUUUGUUCAUGGUGGGUUCUAGUCCUUUUGGAAGCUCCGGUUCCUUUGCUAAAACUUCAGCAACAAUCCCGAACAUGCUGUUAGGCCAGAGUUUGAAUUAUGGUGUUUCGGUGUAUGGUUCUCCGCUUACUUCUUCCGAGUAUCAACAAUAUUUCGAGAGCGAAAAUAUGAAACCGGAAGCUGAAUAUAUUUUGGAUUCGCAACAUUCCAGCGGAUGGACAGAUUUUUAUAGAACCAUGUUUUGGCUAGUUGUGAUCUGCGGCGGAUUGAUGGUCCUGCAUGCUUUUCUACUCAUUAUUCUCAAAUUUAGGAAGAGGAAUUCUGAAAAGCCAAGAAUGUAUGGAGCACUCAUUUUCCCAAGAUUUGAGAUAUUUCUUUUGUUUCUUGCACUACCUGGUAUUUGCAAGGCCUCUUCUGGCCUUAUUAAAGGGGGAACACCUGCAGCAAUGGCAGUUGGAAUUAUACUCUUGAUUUUGGUUUCUAUUGUGCUUCUAGCUUUGUUCUUGUUCCUAUCAGUUGGAAUCACAUUUGGGAAACUUCUUCAAUACAAAGAAGUUCAUCAUGAAGGUGAGACAUUUCAUUGGUAUCAAGAGCUUAUAAGAGUAACUCUUGGACCAGGUAAAAGAGGUCAAUGGACAUGGAAGGAAGAACCGAAAUCUGUUUAUCUAACUAUAUUUGGUCCUCUAUUUGGAGACUUAAGAGGUCCUCCAAAGUACAUGCUUUCACAAAUAUCAGGCGGAAGUCAUCCGAGUCAAAACGACCGAAUUAUUGCCUCAGAUGAUGAAACAGAAGAUUCAGAAGCACCUUUCAUUCAAAAGCUCUUUGGAAUUCUCAGAAUAUAUUUUGUGCUUCUCGAAUCCAUUAGGCGCGUUAUGCUCGGGAUUUUGGCAGGCGUCUUCAUUCAGACACUAUCACAUUCGUCUAAGAGUCCCGUCAUUAUUAUGCUAUCUAUAACCUCUUUUCAGCUAUUCUUCAUUGUGCUAAAGAAGCCUUUUAUCAAGAAAAAGGUUCAAUUAGUCGAGAUCAUUUCACUCACAUGCGAAGUUGCAUUUUUCGCUACAUGUUUCAUCCUCUUGAAGAAAGACUUUUCUGUGAAAGUCGAGACUAAAUUCGGGAUUUUCAUGCUUGUGUUGUUUUUAGUCAGCUAUUGCUCGCAGAUGACAAACGAAUGGUAUGCUUUAUAUGUACAAACAAAGCUACUAGACCCUAAGGAGAAGUCAUUGUUAAUAGGUUUGAAAAUUGCUUCAAUUGGGUUUGUUUUGUACUUCAUUCCUAAGAAAUGGGUACAAAACUUGGAAAGCAAGUUACCUCAAAAUGGACAUGCGAAUGGCGAAACGGGUGAAAGAAGUACGCAUUCGGGUAGUAGGAGCUCAGGUACACCUGAUAUACCUUGGUUGAAAAGAGUAAGUGAGCUUGCGAAACGCAGCUUUAGUAGGGAAAGAAGUGGAGUUCAAAUGACUGAUCCUUCUUCUAGUAGUAAUAAUACUAGAUGGAGUAGUUUAUGGGGAAAUAAGAGAAGUGGUAGCUCUUCUUCUGAUUAUAAGUCAAAACCAAAAGCUUUGCAUGAAGAUUUGGAAGCUAUUUUUGCAUCUAAGUCAUAA